AUGAGCACCAGCUACUUUCCCCAUCCUCCGUUGGUGGUGUCGAACGACCUCUGUGUAGGUGAUGGCUUUGUCGGCCUCACGGAUUGGGACGCGUCGGCAUCGGCAUCGACGGCGACAUCUGUCUCUUCGUCGUCAGGAAGCAACAGCUCGUUCUUGUUGCAAUAUGGACAGGGCAUGCACAGUUCCUCGCUUUUGGACGACGUUGUGCGUCGAGAGCACGAUGUAAGACAGGAGUUGGCGGGUCUGCGGAACAAGUUGGCAACAUGA